ACACGGUGACGUCGUAACGUUGUUUGGGGGACUGUCUGUGAAGAAAAGAAAUGGCGAUGCUCGGAAGCUUUAGCACAGCACAGCACAGGAAAAACGUCUCUGACGGGAGCAGCGACGUUUCAGAGUUUGUCUGUCCAGUGUGUCUGGAAAUAUUUGACAGUCCUGUAACAACACAAUGCGGACAUACGUUCUGCCAGAGUUGUUUGCAGGAGUGUUUGCGUCCACAGAAACCUGUUUGUGCUGUGUGUCGGGCAGGACUGGGUCAAUGGACUAAAGCUGCAGAGCUAGAGGCGGUCAUUCAAUCAUCUGUGGCAUCUUGCAAGGGAUGUGGAACUCAGGUUGGCCUCUCCCAAAUGAGAAGCCACACAGCUGCCUGUACAAAAUAUCAGGAGUACAUUGAGGAGGGAGUGAGGACUACUGCCCAGAACCAGCCAGCCAUCAUCAGCCCUGUGCCAAACCGCUACACCUUCACCUGCCCAUAUUGCAACUGCCAGAACCUCGAUCAGGAUGGCCUGGUUGAACAUUGCACCUCUCAACAUUCUCGCGAUACACGCCAAGUGGUGUGCCCAAUCUGUGCCUCAAUGCCAUGGGGGGAUCCUAACUACAGGAGUGCUGACUUUUUCCAGCACCUAAAAAUCAGACACACCUUCUCCUAUGAUACAUUUGUUGAUUAUUCCACAGAUGAAAACACAAUGAUUCAAGAGGCUCUACAGCGCUCCCUAUUGGACAACUGAUGAGGGAAAACAAUCCAACAGAGGGGGAAUCCAGUAAAGUGAAGUGGUGGAGAUGUGGUGAUGGGAAGUCUCACGAGAGCAGAACAACACACUGUAUCAUUCACCUAUUAUAUGGAUGGUGAUACUCUAUUAUUAUUGGUAAUCAGUUUCACAGGGAGCCAGUCUUGUAAUUACUAUGAAUCUAAAAGCUUAUACUCAAAAAAUAAACCACGCAAUAUGUUUACAAAACAUAUAUUGUACUGUCUGAUUAAGUAAUGAUACACUGUUUCUGGUGUGGAAAAUCUUGGAUCAUCCCUCCUCUCAGUUGAGUCUGUAGACAUUUAGUUUGAAUCUCUAUAAGACUUUGUUAGUUAAAGCAGCUUGUUCAUUGAUGACAUAGUGUCAUAUGGGUACAAAGUUCCAAAGUUGUAAAACAAAAAAAUCCCCAGUUGUCAGUACUUGAUGUUCUAAAAGGGUUUGACCACUGGGUGGCUGACUGUCGCCUGUAAACUACAAACUUCAAUCUUUGAAGUUGUCAAGUAAUAUGAACAAUAUGUAAUAAUCAAGAUAAGAGUGACUCAGCAUGUUUCACUCUUCAAAAGAGGAUGAAGUUUUAGUUUAGCAGAUGGAAGUUUCGUUUUUUUAUGCUCUUUGUUGUGAUGUUUGUGUGAGAGAGUGUGUGAUCAUUCUGUUAUCAAAGAUCUACUGGAAAGAAUAAUUCAUAUGAGGGUCAAACAAAGCCGGAUAUGGCUGUUUGCUUUGUUUUAAUGUUUAUCCCUUAUGUCUUUGUGCCUGCUGGUAGAUCUUGUUUCUGACUUCCAAAUCUAUAGGGCUAAUCGUCAAUCUACUGAACCAAAUGAUGCAAGUAAGGUUUCAUCAGUGUGUCAUAUUGGUCACUUAUGUGAUUUUUCUUUCAGCAGGAAAAUAUGUGCAUGUUCUAUGAUGAACAUAGGGGGGCAGUAGAGUUCCACCACUCUGGCUGUAGUAUCUAAGGUUAGAGUAGGGUGAUUUUUUUUUUUUGCAGUUGAAACUGAGUAUUCACAUCCUUACUUUUAAGCAGUGUGAUGGUGGCUUGAAUUAGAGUUCAAAUGUAACAUUCUGUAUCAUGUUUUUUCAUGCCCAGUGUGUCUUUACUGCUUCACCACAGAAAAACUCCAGUUUGCUGUCUCUUAUAUUUUUUAAGAUCACUGCCAACAAUUCUGAAAAUUAAAAACUUCACAAAGUUACAAUUUUUUGUCUCCCAAUCUGGAAGCAUGUUAAGAAACAAGACAUUUAAAUUGACUUUGCUUUGUUUUUGCUGUAUGUUUUAUUCAACUGUUUCUCUUUUAUUUUGUAAUGGUUUUGUUUUGCGAUGACUAGCAUUUGUCACCAAUACACCAUUUAGUCUUAACACACAGUUGCGUUAUAUUCGUCCUUUACCAACAGGUAAAUAAAAGUUUAUCCACCCAGAUUGAGUAGCUCUAGAGCAAAACCGUAUUGCCUUUUCAUGUGUAGUCUGUGGUGCCACUAAGCCCUAGGUGUUCGUUUUCCUCUCCAGUAAAAAUGUGUAAUAAUUUUGUAUGUGUACCUCAUGUAUAAUGACGUUUUUUUCCUUCCUCAAUAUAUCUCUCAUUCUCUUUGUCAGCCUUGCUGUUAGGAGGUGCUAAAUCCUGAUAAAUUAAAGCUCUUUAAUUAUUUAAACCCUG